ACGCUCGAUGUUAUCAGGUUGUAAUGCUUUAACCGACUGAUGGCGGCAGUGCUUCGUUUCGAAGGAUGUCAUGCCUGCUUGUCUUUGAUUCGUCAGCUGAAACUCGAGGGAACAAGGUUCUUGAGGUAUUUUGAUGCCAGAUCGACUUCUGCAAGUGCAAUCUAUGUUGACGUCGAAGGAUGUGGCUGUGGAGUCACCAAGUGGCCAUGCACCAAGGCACUGUUGGCGGUGCAUAAACGAAGUCACACUCACUUCUCAUUCUUCACUUCAGGUGCUACUGCAAAUGCCCUCCUAUCUCAAGCGAAGGACAAGUUCUUUCUGGAAUCUGUCCUGUCUAAUGUUCUAUCUGUUCUACAAGAGUAUCAGAAGGUCUUUCGAUCUCAAGGACAUGAUGAAUAUACCCUGGAGAGGGAAUGAGAAAGGUCUCUCUCUCGGAGGUCUUUGUACAAUGUUUCUCAUUGGAAUCACCGCGGCCACCGAGACUGCCUUCGACUCGCAAACCUCCACCGACAUGUUGUCUUCAUGAAUCAUAGCUCAAUGUUCCAUUUUCAACCUGCCAUGUGCAACGGUUUUCGGGUCUACC